AUGGCCCCGCGGGCGCUGCUGCUGCUGCUGCUGCCGCUGCUGCCGCUGCUCGGGGGCUCCGCCGCGCGCCCCGCGCCCCCCAGGGCCCCCCGGCACUCGGACGGGACGUUCACCAGCGAGCUCAGCCGCCUGCGGGAGAGCGCGCGGCUGCAGCGGCUGCUCCAGGGCCUGGUCGGGAAGCGCAGCGAGCAGGACCCCCAGAACAGCACGUCCUGGACCAAGUCUGCCGAGGGGCCCUUCUGCCUGCUGUGGUCCGACGCGCCCGCCCUGCGGGCCUGGACGCCCCUGAGGGCCCCCCUGGAUCAGGCCUGGUCCCCCAGGCUGCCUCCUGGACGGAGGUCUGCAGUCCUGGUUUCCGGCCCGGUGGUCCCUGCGGAGACCCAGAUGCGGCUGUGACGACGAAGGAACCUCCCCUCUUCCCGCCUCGGACCAGAGAGCCUGGACAGGGGGAAGGGGU